GAAUUACAGCACACUACACUAAGGGCUUGAGAGGUGCCAUCUUGUGUAAGUUAAUGACGGUUACGUUGAGCUAAGAGUAAGCUAACGGCAGUAGCUUGUAAAUAAAUCAAGUGCACCGCUGACUUUGUUGACGUCAUGUGUUGUGGGUUUUUUCGCGGGGUUUGAAUGAUUGACUGGCUGCUUGGCUGAAGUAUCAUUUGAGAGGUCAAAUCUGCAGCAGUGACCCCAGACAAACAACUAAAGCCAUAAAGAAGUAACAGGGGAAAAACAGCUCCGAGAGAUGUCACCAAAGAAAAAGGCCAGACACCUCAGCAACACGGGCAAAGAAGAUGACGGGGAAAGUGUGUCUUCGGCUGGCGAGAAGAGGAAAGCUGCAGCUUCUGCUGGAAAAGAUAAGCGGAGCUCCGAGGCGCCCGCUCCUCCACAGUUCUGCCGCUGGCUGAUGAAGUCUGAGCCCGAGAGCCGCUUUGAGAACGGCAUCGACGUGAAGUUUGGCAUCGAGGAUCUGAAGGCUCUGCCCGAGCAGACCGGCUGCUGGGAUGGCGUCCGCAAUUAUCAGGCGCGCAAUUUCAUGAGGCAGAUGAAAGAAGGGCAGCUGGCUUUCUUUUACCACAGCAACUGCAAGAAUCCGGGGAUAGCAGGAGUCAUGAAAAUCGUGAAGGAAUCUUACGUGGACCACACUCAGUUUGACAAGAAGGACGUUCAUUAUGAUGCAAGCAGCAAACCACACAACCCCAAGUGGAGCAUGGUCGACGUCAAGUAUCAAAGAAUGAUGAAGCGCUAUCUUCCUCUGUCGGAGCUCAAGAAGUACCACCUGCAGCACCGCGCUAAGGGAGGGCCCCUGAAGGACAUGGCGCUCUUCACAAGGGCCAGACUCUCUGUCCAACCCCUCACCACUGAGGAGUUUGACUUCAUCCUGAGUCUGGAGGACAAACAGCCGCUAUGAGGAGCUGACAUCAGUCCAGUAAUUAUGUAACAUCUGUCAUGUUUUUGUUAAUAAUAUUAAAUAUAAAAUCAAUCUGUCACCCACUGUAUAAGAGAUGGAUUUGUAGGAAGAAGUAGAUGCAACAAAGAAUAUAAAGUGUAAUCUGAAGC